GGUUUAUUUUGUUUUAUUUUGAUUUUGUAGCUGUUGACUCGCUGCUGUUUUCGUUAGUUCUAUCCAAUUGCGUUGCUUAAUUGUUCUAAUUUGUUAGUUAUUAUCAAUAACUAUCUUCAAAUUGGGGGUUAGGUCAUUAACGAUCUACUCUUGCCGCCUUCAAUUUGGGCACUUCAAUUUUGGUGGUUCAUUUGGAGAUUCCCUUGUGUUUUUGAGUAAUGCGGUACUUUGGUAGUUGGGGGAAACGUGGUCAAAGAAUAAAGAAGAUGAAUGUGGAAGCUCACAUGUCUGGACAAAUCUCCGGGCAGGUACCUAAUCAGCCUGUAAUGCCUCAGCAGAAUGGUAAUGCUCUUCCUUCUCAGAUGCAAACAUUAGCAGCUCCUCCUCGUACUGGGAAGUGGAACACUAUGGACCCUGAGCUUUUCCGAGCGCGCAUGUAUAUGCGGGAAAAGAUUUAUGAUACCCUAUCGCAGCGGCAUUUGCAGCGGUAUCAACAGCCAAUAAAUGAACCACAGAAAAAGAAGGUUAAAGAUAUCGUUAAGCGCCUAGAGGUGGGUGUAUUUAGAAUGGCUUCUUCAAAGGAAGAAUAUAUGAACCUGGAAACAUUGGAGAGCCGCUUGCUUGGUUUAGUUAGGCGUCCCCUGCCGCCCAACCAACCGGUAAUGCCUCAGCAGAAUGGUAAUGCUCUUCCUUCUCAGAUGCAAACAUUAGCAGUUCCUCCUCAUAUUGGUGAUGGACCCAAAACGGGGCUUGUUACACAUAUCAUAUAGAAUCCCAUGGGUUCUCCUCCGGCUAGCCAUCAUCUCAGCUAGGCUCAUCAUACCACUCAUUUCAUCGUUGCCAUAGCUGCCAUACUUAUUACACAUAUGGAGGAGAAAGACGGACACAUGGCAAACAUAUCUGAAUGGUCAACUCUGACCUAGCCCACACUAGUGGGCAGCCACUAUAAGUCUUAUAGACUUCCGUCUUCUUCAUUACACUUACUUGAUUGCUUCAUCAAAACAGUGGCACCCUUUUUAAACAUCUUAUUAUCACUUUGCUUAAGCCUUGUGUCAUUAAAAUGUUUAACUUUACAUAAGACUUUUCAAGGCAUUUCAUAACUUUUCUCAUAUUCAUAUGCAUGGUCUUAUAUCACAUAAUAAUGUAUCACAUAACUGUACAUGCCAUGCAUACAUGCUGAUGCUGAAAUGCCAAUGUUCAUGUUCAUG